AACCAACUUAAACAUAUGAUUUUUUGUGCAGUGUGUUUACCGCUAGAACUGUAUUUUAUUCCUUUUUUGUUAGAUGUUGGAGUUCUUGAAUCACGUCACCAUCGUCCAAAUUCCAUUAAUUUACGUAAGGUCUGUAAUUCCGAGCAAGCCGCUGGAAAUUGUGGCGACCCUCUAACACAAUCUUGUACAACAAUUACUUCCGCCGUUGCCAACGCUAUUGGUAUUCAUUCGCCUUCUAUUGGGAAAACUGAAAAUGGAAUUUUGGCAAUACAUUCCAUGCAAUGCAUUGAGCAAGCGCAAUUGCAAGAUUUAUAUGAUGACGAAACAUUUAACGAAAAUCAGCGAUCUUAUGAACAAUUUGGUUCUGAAGGCAUUUGUGCACAGGGCAUGCUUUCGCGUACGAAAAUUCGCCCCUCCCAACCACCCCCGGAUCCACCAUCUAAUGGAAGCAGACACGUUACUCCUGUGUCUUCUAAUGCGAAUACUCCAACGCGUACGCGAAAUGGGGUAAACAAUCGCGAUAUAUUACCUCCACCGCCACCUAUACCCGAAGCGUUAAUGAAUACAUCCUCACCACCACGAUCAAUUUCUGUAAUAAAUGGAAACACUUCACUGGGCAAAAAUAUUCCUAAUAUAAAUUUGAUUAACAUACCCGAGCAACCUAAUUGGCAUGAUCUACCGCCUUCAGCACAACCAGAACAUCAG